AUGUCUUCCUACUUGCCCUCGUUUAGCUUCCCACGACCCGGACCAGUUUUGCCUCCGUUGUCAGACUCGUCCAUCGAACCCAUGCCACCUUCUACCGAUGAACGCUUGGAAAAUCUCGACCCGAAUAUGGAUCCCUUGCAGUGGUACAUGUACACUGCCCUGCAGCACAACGACACCUAUUCUGCCGAUUAUCUUAGCCGGGCAGACAACGAUGUGCAUGUGGGUGAUAUAAUAGAGCCAAAAUUCAACGCCCCACAAGUCAACCCUCCUGAUGCUGAACCGAAAGAGUGGGUUCUCAGGUGGGAGAUGGUGUGCCUGCUGUGUCCCUUGGCCGCAGAUGGCCAGCAAAGAAACAGAGACUUGGACACGGGAUACCCGUUUUGCGAUAGAGAAAUGCUCACACUUGCGCCAGCCAGAAGUUAUUCCGAGUCUGUACUCGACGAUGAUGGUAUCGAACGAUGGACACUAAAGGUACCAGAGCCGACCGUGUUAGGCGCUGAUGACUUGGCAGCAUGUACAAUCGAGCAAGUAUUGAAUCCAGGUCAUAUUCAAAAGACUAUACUCGAUGUCGAGAAUCCCAGAGUCAUAAGCCAGAUUUUCAUAGUAUCUCGUGCACCGAGGGAGGGAAGUUAUUACCGAUACAAUGAGGACCAUCCCUGGGGCGUAGUAGAUGAUUCGAUCCAAGGCCCAAGUCUGUCUAUUUCAUCACCUACACCUACGCCCACUAGAGAUGUGCUAGGUUGGCUGGCACCUUUCUCCACCUCCUCCAGCGCAUACAGCACGCCUACGUACAGCGUAUCUUCCAGCGGCGGUUCAACGGGAAACAGUCACGAGGACAGCUUGCAGGGCGCAGUAAAAGUCGGUGUGGGUGUCGGCAUUACAAUCAUAGCCUUAUGCUUCAUCAUCUUCCUCGGCUUUUGCAUUCGCGGACGGAAGAAAAUGGAAGAGAGCUCGCCAAACACAUCAAAUCCAAGGAGCCAUCUACCGACUGCAGCAGCAGGGGGACGCGGAGCUGCGGGAGAACAAACGUACGUGGAUAGAUUUCGUAACGAAGCACUGUCACACCUGCACGUCACGCCACAGCCCUCAGCACAGCAUCACCAAAGCGUAUCCAUAACACAGCAACGAGCUCCAGCUGAACAAGCAUACGUUGACAGAUUCCGCACCGAAGCCCUCGCACGCACACACGACCGAAUACAUCCUUCAGACGCCCAACGAGGCACAUACGAAAUGGUACACAGUUCUCUGACAACCGCGCCCGCACCCCAAGACGACGACCAAGAUGUACCCCCCGCAUACCACAAAGUGGUAACGAACCUCGAGCGCAUGGAGAUUGAGCGAAACAUGCAUAGAGGCGAGGCGCCGCAGCACAGAUGGCCACCGACUUAUCUCGAUGCGCAGAAUGCGGCUGCACCGUCUGCAUCGGGAUCUUCGCCCGUGGCGCCUAGCCCUGCUCCAGGAUCUGCUCCUUAUCCUGCGCUUCCGUCGUCGCCUCCAAGAUAG